UGCUGGACCUAGGCCGCCGCGGCCGGAGCUCAAAUUUCCCGGGCCGGGAGCGCUGGGCCUGCUGGGAAGGCGCUGGGACGGUUACCCAGCGGGCCGCCGGCGGUCGUGGGCGAGCUUCGCCAUGCAGAGCACUGACCUAGGCAACAAGGAGAGCGGCAAGAUAUGGCACCGCAAGCCGUCCCCGGCCACGCGGGAUGGAAUUAUAGUGAACAUUAUUCACAACACUUCCGGUUACCAUCCAAAAGUUUUGCGAUUUUUGAAUGUGGCUUUUGAUGGCACAGGCGACUGCUUAAUUGCUGGGGACCACCAAGGAAAUAUUUAUGUUUUUGACUUACAUGGAAACAGGUUCAAUCUUGUUCAGCGAACAGCACAAGCUUCCACAGCUCUGGCCUUUAAUCUUCGUAGGAAAUCUGAAUUCCUUGUGGCAUUAGCUGAUUAUUCUAUUAAAUGUUUUGAUACAGUCACCAAGGAGCUAGUUAGCUGGAUGAGAGGACAUGAAUCAUCAGUAUUUUCGAUCUCUGUGCAUGCAUCAGGGAAAUAUGCCAUCACCACUUCUUCUGAUACAGCACAAUUAUGGGACUUGGAUACCUUUCAGAGAAAAAGAAAGCUGAAUAUUCGCCAGUCUGUGGGUAUACAGAAGGUUUUCUUUCUACCAUUGAGUAAUACCAUCCUCAGCUGUUUUAAAGAUAAUUCCAUUUUUGCCUGGGAAUGUGACACACUUUUUUGCAAAUAUCAAUUGCCAGCUCCACCUGAAAGCUCUAGUAUAUUAUACAAAGUGUUUGCUGUGACCAGAGAUGGCCGAAUCCUGGCUGCUGGAGGCAAGUCAAAUCAUCUUCAUUUGUGGUGCUUGGAAGCUAGGCAGCUCUUUAGAAUUAUCCAGAUGCCCACUAAAGUUCGAGCCAUUCGCCAUCUAGAAUUUCUUCCUGAUAGUUUUGAUGCUGGUUCUAAUCAGGUUCUUGGAGUACUAAGUCAAGAUGGUAUUAUGAGAUUUAUCAAUAUGCAGACUUGUAAACUUCUCUUUGAGAUUGGGAGCCUCGAUGAAGGAAUUAGCUCAUCAGCAAUUAGCCCACAUGGACGGUACAUUGCAUCUAUUAUGGAAAAUGGAAGUCUAAACAUAUAUUCAGUUCAGGCUUUAACACAAGAAAUAAAUAAGCCACCUCCGCCUUUAGUGAAAGUUAUUGAAGAUUUGCCCAAGAAUAAACUGAGUUCCAGUGAUCUUAAGAUGAAAGUAACAUCAGGGAGAGUACAGCAGCCAGCAAAAUCUAGGGAAAGCAAAAUGCAAACUAGAAUAUUAAAACAAGACCUGACUGGUGAUUUUGAAAGUAAAAAGAAUGAAUUACCAGAUGGAUUAAACAAAAAGCGUUUACAAAUCUUAUUAAAAGGCUAUGGUGAAUAUCCAACAAAAUACAGAAUGUUCAUUUGGCGCUCUCUGCUACAACUGCCUGAAAAUCAUACUGCGUUUAGUACCCUCAUAGAUAAGGGGACUCAUGUGGCAUUUCUCAACCUUCAGAAGAAAUACCCCAUCAAAAGUAGGAAGCUACUCAGAGUAUUACAGAGAACCUUAUCUGCAUUAGCUCACUGGUCUGUCAUUUUUAGUGACACACCGUAUCUUCCACUCUUGGCAUUUCCAUUUGUAAAAUUAUUCCAGAACAACCAACUCAUCUGUUUUGAAGUUAUUGCUACUCUCAUAAUCAAUUGGUGUCAACACUGGUUUGAAUAUUUUCCUAAUCCUCCUAUCAAUAUUCUUAGUAUGAUAGAAAAUGUUUUGGCAUUUCAUGACGAGGAACUGCUGCAACACUUCAUAGAUCAUGAUAUAACCUCCCAGCUAUAUGCAUGGCCUCUUCUUGAAACUGUGUUCUCAGAAGUGCUGACAAGAGAGGAGUGGCUGAAAUUGUUUGAUAAUAUCUUUUCCAACCAUCCUUCCUUCCUUCUGAUGACUGUUGUAGCCUACAACAUAUGUUCUAGAACGCCUCUGCUCAGCUGUAAUCUUAAAGAUGACUUUGAGUUUUUUUUUCACCAUCGGAAUAACCUGGAUAUAAAUGUUGUGAUUAGACAAGUUUAUCAUCUCAUGGAGACCACGCCUACUGACAUUCAUCCAGACAGCAUGCUUAAUGUUUUUGUUGCACUGACAAAAGGGCAGUAUCCAGUAUUUAAUCAAUAUCCAAAAUUUAUUGUGGACUAUCAAACACAGGAACGAGAAAGAAUAAGGAAUGAUGAAUUGGAUUACUUAAGAGAGAGGCAGACAGUUGAAGAUAUGCAAGCUAAAGUCGACCAGCAAAGAGUUGAAGAUGAAGCUUGGUACCAGAAACAGGAGCUGCUUCGUAAAGCUGAAGAAACAAGAAGAGAAAUGCUCUUACAAGAGGAGGAGAAAAUGAUACAACAAAGACAGAGGCUAGCUGCUGUGAAAAGAGAGCUGAAAGUAAAGGAAAUGCACUUACAAGAUGCUGCAAGAAGGCGUUUUCUGAAGCUUCAGCAAGAUCAACAGGAAAUGGAACUAAGAAGACUGGAUGAUGAAAUUGGGAGAAAGGUAUAUAUGAGAGAUCGAGAAAUUGCUGCCACAGCCAGAGACCUAGAAAUGAGACAGCUGGAACUCGAAUCACAAAAGAGACUUUAUGAGAAGAAUCUUACUGAAAAUCAAGAAGCUGUUGCAAAAGAAAUGCGAGCAGAUGCAGAUGCCUAUAGACGAAAAGUGGAUCUUGAAGAACACAUGUUUCAUAAGCUGACAGAAGCAGGUGAAACCCGGAGCCAGAAAACUCAGAAGGUGAUUAAAGAAAAUUUGGCAAAGGCUGAACAAGCAUGCCUAAAUACUGACUGGCAGAUUCAGUCUUUACAUAAACAAAAAUGUGAUGAUCUACAACGAAACAAAUGUUACCAGGAAGUAGCCAAACUCCUUAGGGAAAACAGAAGGAAAGAAAUAGAGAUAAUAAAUGCAAUGGUGGAGGAGGAAGCCAAGAAGUGGAAGGAAGCUGAAGGAAAAGAGUUCCGUUUGAGAUCAGCAAAGAAAGCUUCUGCUCUUUCAGAUGCGUCUAGAAAGUGGUUUUUAGAGCAAGAGAUAAAUGCGGCUGUAGAACAUGCUGAAAAUCCAUGUCAUAAAGAAGAACCCAGGUUCCAAAAUGAACAGGAGGACUCAAGCUGUUUGCCUAGAACCUCACAAUUAAAUGACUCUUCUGAAAUGGAUCCCUCAACACAGAGGCACUGAUAAUGAAAAUCCUAAAACGGAGGCAGCAAGAUUCUCUCAGAUUCCGCAGUGGGAGAACUGGGUGCAGACGAAAUUCCAAGUAAAGAAAAUGUGCUGAAUCCACUAAAGCCACUCCAGUUCUUGAGCACCAGCACUGCUGCCCAAAAACAUAGUUGGAGGUUCUAACAGAAGUCUCUAACUAGGUUGAUAAUAUGAGAUUCAUAACUAUUUUGACAUCCUUGUGAAAAAAAAUCUCAGCGUUGUUUUUCAAAGCUAUUGCAUAGUUGAAUUUUCUUGACUCUGUUCAUCUGGGCUGGGCUCCCUCCAACAACCAUUGAAAACAUGUGUCUGCCCUGGGCACGCCGAUGGAAUUCUGGGCCCCAGCAGCAGUAGAACGGCCAAAGGCAAAUGGCUUCAUGCUGAUGAGCUGACUUUUGAUCCCUGGACGUGGUUCAUUGGAGGGUUUGGGGUUUUUUAGAAGGGACAGGGUAGAAACAUCUUACAGAAAUGUAAUCACAGCAUUAGGCCAACCAUAAAGAAGCUAACAAUCUUCCCAGUAAAGUAUAUUAUUUAUUUUUAAAAGGGAGGAGGAGACAAGACACUCUGUUAAACUUACUUUCAACUAAUUUUUUUCAAUAAAAUUGCCAUAUAGAUGACGCAGUAUUUAACAAGAUCUUUUGAGUUCUUUUGGAAGAACAAACUUUUAUACAAUGUCCCAAAAAGACGAGCUUUGUAAGAAAUAUGCCUAAUACCAAGUCAUGAGAUUCCAGUAUUGUGUAAAAUAUUUUUGCUAACUCACAUUUUUAUAUGCAUCUAUAAAUUCUGUGCCAGAAUAUGAAUUAAACCAAAAAUCAUUCAAGAGUCAGAUGAAGUAUGAGAGAUUCUCAGCUACUCUCUAUUCUGACAUAUCAAAUGGUUAUUUGGUAACCUUAGGUUAUUUGGCAGCAAAAUACAAAAGCAUGAAAGUUGUAUUUCUUUGGGAGGAAAAACAGUUUUUCAGAAAUUGAAGCUGACUGACUAUUUGAAUAUGUAACUAAAUUUCAGAGAAGUAUAUUUUUAAGGGCUUUUAAAAAAAAUUUCAGUGUUCACUAGCCCCUCUAAAUCAGUAACGCUCUUACACUUGGACAUGUUGUAGUAUUUUAAUCUUGAUUCUGGACCUUCCUGAUAUAAGCCAAUAUUAAAAAGCAUUUGAUUUACUUAUUUUUAUUUAUUUAUUGGAAAGGUAGUCAUGGUAUAUAUUUCACAGUUUUAUGACUUGGAGUGCCUUUUCUCAUUACUAUUAAGCAUCAUUGUGAGGAAGCUUACAGUUGCACAAACUCAAAUUCUCCCUUAAACAAGCUUUGUUUCUAACUUAAGAUUGUUUGUAUCCCAAGUAUUUCAAAGCAGAGAAGUUCUCUUUAGCAUUCAUUCAGUCCAACAAAUAAUUAUUUGGCUUGUAAAUGGAACCACCUAGGGCCAGGUUAUAUGUAAAAUUUAGGUUUUAGAAUUGCAUUUCAUUAUUUGUUUUUACAACACAUUUAUCUUUAAAAUAAAUGCUGUAUCACCGCUAACAUCAGAAAACUCAGCUUUUCUAAAUUUUAAAUUUCAUUUUCAAGUUUCUUUAAAUAGAAGAGCAGUAGAAUGGGACACCACGGGACAGAAUCUUAUUAAGAAAGUGAGAAACCUUCGCCAGAGACUCACUGCCCGGGCUCGUCACAGAUGUCAAACCCCUCAUCUUUUGGCUGCAUAGAAUGCAUGUCACCUUGAGACGGUCGAGAGAGAGACCUAUUUUGCAAUCAGUGACAUUGAUUUUUAGAUUAUUUAUUUAAAAUUCCUAUAAAGAUCAGCCCUUUGUACAGAAAAAUGUGUCUAUGAAAAUUAUGUGUUAUUUAAUUCUGAUACUUUUUGGCUUGUAAAUGGCUUCUUGAACUUUUUACAAUAAAAAUGUUUUAGAAACUGUUAAA